UCCACAGCUGAGCAUAUGAGGGCAGCUUCUAGCCUGUUGUUUCCUGUCCUCCUGGCAGAGGUGUGUCUGGCGACCAGUUUAAACUUCAGCUCCCAUUUACCAGAGGCCCAGGCAGAGUUAGAGUCUCAGGAUCCUCAGAACCAGACUUGGGUUCCUAGCAAUGAAGAGGAGGAAGAAUAUUGGCUGAGGACUAGCCAGCAGCAGCUGUCCAAUGAGACUUCAAACUUUGGGUUCAGCCUGCUACGGAAGAUCUCCAUGAGACACGACGGCAAUGUAAUCUUUUCGCCAUUUGGCCUGUCUGUGGCCAUGGUGAACUUGAUGUUGGGGGCCAAGGGAGAGACCAAAGUCCAGGUGGAGAAUGGGCUCCAUCUACAGGCCCUGAGUCAGGCAGAACCCCUCAUCCUCCCAUCCCUCUUCAAAAGGCUCAGAGAAACCCUCUCCAACAAUCAGGAGCUAGACCUCACCCAGGGGAGCUUUGCCUUCAUCCACAAGGACUUUGACAUCAAAGAGACCUACCUCAAUCUAUCAAAGAAGUAUUUUGAUACAGAGUGUGUGCCUACAAAUUUUCGAAAUUCCUCACAGGCCAAAGGGCUUAUGAACUACUACAUUAACAAAGAGACUCGGGGGAAAAUUCCCAAGCUCUUUGAUGAGAUUAAUCCUGAAACAAAGUUAAUUUUGGUGGACUACAUCUUGUUCAAAGGGAAGUGGCUGACUCCAUUUGAUCCCGUAUCCACUGAGGCUGACAAUUUCCACCUGGACAAAUACAAGGCUGUUAAGGUGCCCAUGAUGUACCGGGAAGGCAACUUUGCCUCCACUUUUGAUAAGAAGUUCCGUUGUCACAUCCUCAAACUGCCCUACCAAGGAAAUGCCACCAUGCUAGUGGUCCUCAUGGAGAAAACAGGUGACCACUUGGCUCUAGAGGACUACCUGACCAUAGACCUUGUGGAGACAUGGCUCCAGGAUAUGAAAACCAGGAAAAUGGAGGUUUUCUUCCCCAAGUUCAAGCUGGACCAGAGGUAUGAGAUGCACAAGCUGCUCCAGCAGAUGGGAAUCAGGAGAAUCUUUUCCACCUCAGCUGACCUCAGUGAACUCUCAGCCGUGGCAAGAAAUCUUCAGGUGUCCAAGGUCUUACAACAAUCGGUGCUUGAAGUAGAUGAAAGAGGAACUGAGGCAGUGGCAGGGACACUGUCUGAGAUUGUCGCUUACUCCAUGCCUCCUGUCAUCAAAGUGAACCGACCUUUUCAUUUCAUGAUCUAUGAGGAGAUGUCCAAGAUGCUUCUGUUCCUGGGCAGAGUGGUAAACCCCACUGUCCUGUGACUCAGGCGUGUGUAAUCAGAUGCUGAGUCAGAGGGGUCUGAACCACAGGACGCCGGUGGUGAAUGGUAAAGAGUGUGCCCUCCUCUGCAUCUGGCCAGUUUGUUGUGGCUGUUCUCUGAUUAACACAGAAAUUAAAGUGACUCAUAUUUUAAGGA